AUGGUUGGCUGUGGCUACACCAUUGAAUCUAUCUUUGUCAAUUUACCUGGCAAAUGGUUGUCUGCUAAUCUCAGCCUUAUCAAGAAUUCCACUGUUUAUGGAGCUGAUAUUCCACACCUCAACCUUUUUGCUAGUUAUAAAGCUUUUGGUCAUAUUGCUCGGGAUUGUGCUAAGAAGUUCUGCAAUUACUAUAAGAAACAUGGUCACAUCAUAUAUGCUUGUCUCAUUUGUCCUGAAAGGAAACAAAGAACUGUUUAUCAUACCUCCAUUGUCGCCUUUGGUUCUGCUGUAUUGUCUGCUAUCUCACCUGUUGUUUCUAUUCCUACUUCUACAGGUAAUCAUAAAUUUCCUUUUAAGCCAUGGUAUUUAGACUCCGAUGCCUCUAACCACAUGACCAACACUAUUGUUCCUCUUUUCAUUGUCAGAAAUUAUGAAGGAAAUAUGAAAAUUAGUACUAGUAAUGACAGUUUUCUGCCUAUCAGUGUUGUUGGUGAUCUUUCUCCUUCAUUAACUGAUAUUUUUGUGUCUCCUAACCUCUCCGCAAAUCUUAUUUCUAUUGGUCAAUUGGUUGAUAAUAAUUGUGAUGUCCAUUUCUCCCAUUUUGGUUGUAUUGUACAGGAUCAAACAUCAGGGAAGAUGACCAUGAAAGAGCCUAAAGAAGAGAUUUACAUGAAGCUCCCUUCUGGUAUGACUACUUCUUCUCUUCACAAUGUCUGUAAGCUAAGACGUGCUUUGUAUAGGCUUAAACGGGCCCCUUGGGCUCGAUUUAGGAAGUUUCGUCGUACAAUUCUUUCUUUUAGCUUUACACAAAGUCAAUAUGACCCUUCUCUCUUCUUCUACAUAUUUGCAUCAGAUCUUGGUCAGCUAACAUACUUCUUAGGAUUAGAAGUUCAUCAUCGAUUUAAUGGUAUUUUAAUGAACCAAUAUAAGUAUAUUCGAGAUCUUAUCACCUUAGCUGGUUUGGAGGACAUUUCUUCUGUUAAUACUCCUAUGAAAGUAAAUGUCAAUUACAGAAAAGAUGAAGGGGGUUUGCUAGAUGAUCCUACUCCCUAUAAGAGCUUGGUUGGAAGGGACAUCUUUUUUAAUACGUCCCCUGACGCAUCCGAUGCUGGCACUUUCUUAGUCUUCAAGGACCAGUAUAUCCAGCUCUCCUCCACGCUUCCUGAACACAGGUCUUCUCUUUCUCUUUAUGGAUUUGGAGAGCACACCAAGAGCUCUUUCAAGUUGACACCUAACCAGACUCAGACUUUGACUUUGUGGAAUGCUGACAUAGGCAGCGCUAAUCUUGAUCGUGGUGUCAAAUCGUUUACCUCAUUAGUGGAACAUAGCAGUAGCAAUGGACAGAUUGUGGUUUUAAAGAGAGUAACCACCCCUAUUGACACCAUGAAUACAACUCAGUCAAUUAGAGAUGGAGAUACAAUCGUUUCAGCUAGUGGGAACUAUGAAUUAGGAUUUUUCAGCCCUGGCAAAUCCAAAAAUCGAUACUUGGGGGUAUGGUAUGGCAAAAUAUCUGAUCUGACAGCAGUUUGGGUUGCCAACAGAGAAGCUCCACUCAACGAUUCAUCAAGUGUUGCAAGGCUUACCAACCAAGGACUUCUUGUCCUUCUCAAUCGUAGUAGAAGCAUCAUUUGGUCUUCCAACACAUUAACACUUGCUAAGAAUCCAGUUGUUCAACUUUUGGAUUCAGGAAACCUUGUUGUGAAAGAGAAAGGUGAUGAUAACCUGGAAAAUUCCUUGUGGCAAAGUUUUGAACAUCCAGGUAAUACAUUAAUACCGGGCAUGAAGAUAGGGCUGAAUAGAAUAACUGGAAUGGAAUGGUACGUGACAUCAUGGAAGUCAGCAGAUGAUCCUUCCAGAGGUAAUAUUACAGGCAUCCUUGUUCCUGAUGGAUAUCCAGAGUUAAUAGAGUUGGAAGAUUCAAAAAUAAAGCAUCGAGCUGGGCCAUGGAAUGGUCUGCAGUUCAGUGGCGUGCCUCAAGUAAAACCAAAUCCCGUGUACACAUUUGAAUUUGUUUUUAAUGACAAGGAGAUAUUCUACAGAGAACAACUUAAAAAUAGCUCAAGGCACUGGAGGAUCGUCUUAACUCAGGAUGGUGAUGUCCUACACCUCCUCUGGAUUGAACAGACUCGAAGUUGGUUUCUUUAUGAAACAGCAAAUACCGAUAAUUGUGAAAGUUAUGCGCUCUGUGGUGCAAAUGGUAUCUGUAGUAUUAACAACUCUCCAGUGUGUAGUUGUUUGAAAGGAUUUGUACCAAAAGUUCCAAGUGAGUGGGACAAGACAGAUUGGUCAAGUGGUUGCGUUAGAAAGAUUGCACCAAAUUGUUUUAGAGAUGAGUUUCGUAAAAUCUCAGGUGUGAAGAUGCCAGAGACAAGAAACUCAUGGUUUAACAGGAGUAUGAACCUGGAGGAGUGCAAGAACACGUGCUUGAAGAACUGCAGCUGUACUGCGUAUGCAAACUUGGACAUUAGGGAUGGAGGAAGUGGGUACUUGCUUUGGUUCAAUGAUCUGAUUGAUAUCAGAACUUUCUUUCAAAAUGAGCAAGACAUUUUUAUACGGAUGGAUGCAUCAGAAACAGAUAAAGAUGACUCUCCGAAGGCUAAUACCAAAUCCAAAGUGAAGAAAAGGAUCGUAGUAAGCACCGUGUUGUCCACUGGAAUUUUGUUUGGCCUUUGUUUGGUCUUAUAA